AUGGGCUUUGAAGCGGAGAAGUUCAGAGGGCUUGUGAUCGCUCAAACCUUCUUCUUCUUCUUCUUCUUCUUCUUCUUCUUCUUCUUCUUCUUCUUCUUCUUCUUCUUCUUCUUCUUCUUCUUCUUCUUCUUCUUCUUCUGCUGUUACGAUUACGUGGUUGCGUUGACGAUCAGAAAUUGGAGUGAGUCGAAGGGGCUCGGUGUAAGGAGCAUCAGUGGGGUGGUCGCAAAAGAAUGUUUAAACCUCUGAGAGAAUGGUGGGUUGGCGGGGGGAGGGAAAGAACCUCAGUUAGUCUGAGUUGUCCUGGCAGAUAAAACGGUGGCCCCGAUGCGGAAAAUGUAGAGUUCUGGGGCCUGCUGCCUAAAUUCUAGAAGGGGCACAGUGACUCCACGGAGAGAAAUAGCAGCAUCUGCGGGUGCCGUGGGAGACAUCGUUGAAGGCAAAAUCAGGAUACAGAACAGAGAGAAGGUAAAUAUACGCCAGAAGGUAAGUGUUGGCAGCGUGGACGUCGGAGGUCACCACUGGUGCAAUUUGAGGCUGACUCGAGAGUUCACAAUGGUCGACGUCAGGACAAAAUUUCCCGAAUCAGAAGUCAGGGAAGACGGAUUGGGUUGGACAAUCUUUGCUGCCGAGGAGGUGCGUACAGAAGGCCCUGCAAGCAGUCGCCGCGAGCUGUCACUCCAGGCCAGUUGAUUGUGUCUGCGUCUGUUGUUGAGGUUGUCGGGCGUAGACCGAAAGUUUGACACUCGGUACGGUAGUAGACCUAAAUUAGGUAGGAAGGGUAAUGACCCUACCAGCGGUCUCGUAUUACAGAUGGCUGGGGUUGGUUUACUUCGGGUGGAGCUACAUAGCCACACCUGAUCGGGCCCAUUUUUCAUGAAACAGUCAAGAAGACCGGAGGUGGGAGAGGGCGCAGAUGGUUGACACGACCAACAUCCGCACCCCGGCUUACCCACUACACCCGAAUCGGGUCCCACGGAGUGACAGUGCCAUAGAUGCCGUGUUAACAAGGAGCCAUUUCAGCCUCACUCCCAGCCCAUCAGUCGGCCUCUCCGCACAGACGCACAACACCUGUUUGGCUGUGAGUUAUCCAGUCAGUUGUCAAUUCUCCAUGCCACGGCUUUAUAGCGCAACAUGAUACUUUCAAGUUCGUCAGAUAGUUUAUAAAAAGGAAUAUGUGCUGAGACCAGGAUUAUCUUACUCCCUCAGUCUCAAUCGCACUCCGAGCUGGCCAGGUGGGAGUGGACGCAGUGACUGACAGAUCUAGUCACUUAGUCUGGGCGUUGCACACACGAGACCUGACCCAUUCCUCCUCCCCCCCCCCAGACAUAAGCACCAGGAUGUCACACAUGGGGAGGGGGAGUUUGGCGACAUGCAUUUCAUGCGUAUGUGUGUGUGUCGGUUGGUGGGUGGGUGGGUGUGUGGGUGUGAAAGUGUCAGAGGUCACGUCGAGAAGGAGGCAUUGCAGUCCGACUCUCAGUCCACCAGUCUGCCACUGCGCACAAACGCACGUUUGGCUGAAUGCAAGGCUUGAGUUCCAUCGGCAGUUGGCAGUCUUACCUGUCAACAUUAUCAUCAACGUACCCUGACAGUCUCAGGCUCCGAUCACACAUGCAGCGGAGGGGCCACAGGGAGUAGUAGCAGGAAAAAACUUGCCACUUACGAGGAGAGAUGUGCCAACCACGUGCUUUCGUCGUGUGAUGUCGAGUGUGGUCCUGCUUAGAGUAGAUGCUGGUGAGGAGAGAUGUGGUGGUAUGGUAUCGCCGGCCUCACAUCACGACAUCCGUUCACCUGAGCGCCACGCAGAGGGCGGUGCGUGCGUGCGUGCGUGCACACAUAACCUUUGUCCGCCGACAAUCCCGAUCAGAAAAUGACACAACGUCGAUUGGCGUCGAGCUGUCUCCACGACGUAGCCAAGUCACGUGUGUUGCAAACAGCAUCCCAUUGGCAGGAGGUGUUACUUAGGCUGACAGAAGGCGUCAUGAGGGCAUAACCAGACUGACGACUAGGAGAACGGACUGCCACAAGCACACAAUCUCGCCUAAACCGCUGAUUGUCCUACCACACAACAUCUCCGCUACAGCCUCCGCCACCGUAGCAGGACAGGUUAGUUAUCAGUCAGUUAAAUGGUCUUCUUCUGACUCAGUGCAGGUAUGGGCAGGGCGAAUGACAAUAAAUAGAAGCAACCGGCAGGGCGUCAGGCAGAUGCUAGGGAUUACCACAAAUCCCACCUUUCACCUCGACUAAUCGUAGCCCUCGGCGGCAGCCCAGUCAGCCGGAUGACUCACAAACCCCACAUCUUCUUUGAGGUUCAUCUGGGACGUCAGUAAAAUCGACAUCUCCACUCCUCACUUAUUCCCGCGAGCCAAAAUUUUGCUUUACGAGGCGAUAAUGUUCUUCGACGUGACACUGCUCCUUGCAUCCAUCUCACCGCAUUUGUUGUGCAAGGCUAUGCGCUGCGUCCUGCAUGGAAGGAAGUAUGGCAAAUCACGGGCAUGUCUUUACUGAUAUUGUCAUCAUAUUUAAGUAGUAUUACAGGCCGAUGCCUCCCGUCAUUCCGGGUAAAUUGCACACACAUAUCUGCAUUUAUGCUGCACUAGUGACUUAUGUGUCGGUGGUUUGCAAUUUACAAUAUCUAACGACAUUUUCUUCUCUUUGAAUCAUUGUAGAAAUUGCAUGUUUAUGCUCAAUCGUAUUAUUGGACGCAGGGGACUGCUUGUCUGUGGUCGACUACUGCGUCCUUUCGUCGGCAGUUUCAGCAAUGUCGCAUCUCCUACCUCCUCUCCAAUUAACCUCAGGGAUGACAACAUCAACCACAUAUUUGGUGCCUACGAGGAGGUUCUUUCCAUGCAGAUCCACUAUCUUCGUCAUGGCCGAGGAGCCAACAAUAUCCUCCUAUUUCCCGGUCCAUUCGGCUCCAUCAGGACUGAUUACAUGGACUUCCUGCAGCGUCUGAACCUAAACGAGUACGUUCCCUGGGGCUGCUUGGCACUCUCUGUUUUGACCAACUGGUGUAGAUAUAGACGGAGAUAGGUGUAGAAAGUGGCACUAGGAUACAUCAUAUAGAAGUGGCCCAGUAGCCGACGACUACACUAUGUACGCUGUUGGUACACCCUCAAGAUUGGGUAGACCAGUUUGGUAAGCGUGAAUAUUCGUAUACAACAGUCAUUGUGGUGUCUGCAAUGCAGGAUGUUGUGACGAAACUAGCAAAUCUGCCACUACACACACAGUUAUGAUCAUCAAUGAAGGAUACGGCAGGGAGAACAUCUGUCCCGAUUAUUCAUACAUGCUCUGGAUAUGGGACAGAAAUCUACUAAAUUUAUGCUCGAAGGAAGAGUAUAAUUCGGUUUUAAAAAAGUUUCUAAUUGUUGGACUUUUAAUAUCGUUGAAAACGGAAUUAUACCUUUCCCUCGAGUAUCAAAUUAGAAAAAGGCGUAAUUAUCUACCGAAUGAGCAGAAGAAUGAAUAUUUUUGUGCAUGUUUUCCGUGAAAUACAAUGGGACUAUUCGGGGCAUCGAAAGUCAAUGAGAAAAUUUUAUGCAAAGUAUUUAGUCAUUGUUUACAGAGUGCAGUUUUUGUAUGCAACCGGAAGGAAGUUCAUUCGAAAGUCGGCAGCCUGAGGUGACUGAACUAUCAUGUUGCAGACUAGCUAGUUUUACAACCCUACUUAAUUAAUCUUUUCGAAACGAAAACGCAUUUCGAAAUUCCUGUUGACAUUGCAUCAGUUAGUCCACCUACUGUAAUUCAUGCAUGCGUGUAGUCUGGAGAGGUUCUCUCGGACGUCACGUUUUAAAAUUUUGCGAACUCGCCCACCAGUUGUACGUCUGACGGCGACGACGACGACGACGACAACGUCGACCAAGGGCAAUAAGUUUUAAAAUAUCCGAAACAAAGUUUGUUGUUUCCUCAAAUGACUUCUUCAGCAUGAACAUAUACACACGCAAGGAAGGAGAAACGUCAACGUCUGUGAUGACUGCACGCGGCCUAUGAGAACAUCUUCGUUUACAGUAGGCCAGAAUAUCUGGACACACAAUAACCCUUAUUGCGCGCACAUUUUUGAUACAGGUUCCCCAGCUCAUUGUCAGACUUAUGGGACACACACAAAAACAGUUCACCCUUUAACCCUGUUGAAGAAGUGAUUCUGCAGUUGGCUGAAGCUUGCGCCAUUGCACGUCAAUUGCAUUUCUUCAUGCCCUCGACAUUGGCUACACUGGCUUUCAUUUGUCCCUGAGGAAUUUGUGAGUGGCAUCUCAACCGAGAUGCCGAUUGAUGCAGGGCACAGUUGACUGAAUUACUUCAGGAAUUGACAGCGCAUCCUAAUUGGUAGAAGGAUGAAAACUAUAAGAGUGUUCUCCCAUGGGCAAGAUGGCCCCCCACUCCUCAUCACCGCUAAAUGACGUUCAUCUAUAGGGUUUCAGACAGGUUUCCCAGUUCGGCAUCAAUAGACGGCAUCAAAACUGGCACAUGGGAUCUUGCAGACAACGUCUUUUUUUUCAAUGGCAAAUAAUUUACUCUGGAGAGUUUUACUAGAGAGAGAGAGGGAGGUUGUCACACUUGAAAAGUGAUUUUUUGCCUGAUUCUAGCUAUGGGAAUCAGUUUGCUGUCACAGGCGUUAUUUUAGAGAGUCAAAUGUUUUAUCGAUUGUUAAAGGUCAGAUUAGCAGGUCUGUGCGUUUUCGUCCCCUAAAGUGCAGUAAUGAUGCAUAGGGGGAAUGGGUUGUUUGAAAGGGCCGACAUCGUUUUGUCAUUUGAUGAACUCUAUGUUUUGACACCAAAACGACUCUCACCGAAUAGUCAUGUUCAGUUUGGAACAUAUGAAAUAUUGAUUGUCGCGCGGUCUAAUUUCUGCGCAUGCGUAAUUUAGAAAUAGAAGGAGAAAAUCAUCGGCAAAAUAUCAGUGUUCUGAGUGAUCGAAAGCAUGUAAACACAUAACACAGAGUCUGUCUUUAUAUGCAAUCCAUGCAGAACACUGCACAUUUCAAGGUAUGCAGGGAUGUCUCAAGGCUGAUCUGAAAUUCAGUGUAAUCUAGAACAAACAAGACGUCCGAAUUAGUUUUAGGGAAGAAAAGUCCUGACAACAUGUGCUCUUAUGAAAACUGUUAUUCCCAUGGCAUCCCCGUUGGCGAAUUCAAGUGAAAUCCGCUUAAAGGAUAUUUAAAUGUGAAAUUAGCUAAAAGACCACUUUCAGACCUUAGUUUUCAAGUACUGCUUAAUUUACUCGUUUUCUGUAUGAACAGACAUUCCGUACAUCUAGAACUGGAUUUUACACAAUUGCACCCAUCAUUGACUUUUUCGGCAUUUUUUGCAUUUCUCAAAAAAUCCAUGUUUCUAAGCAAUCUACCCUUAUGUUUGAUUAAUAUAGACAUAGGAUACAUGGAUUGGUGUCGGUUAGCGAGUAAUUAGCAGUCUUUUGUAAAUUUCGGCAUCUUGCAUCAGCUAGGUCACACCGUUUACACCAUUUUCCCCGUAAGACACCUUAUUUUCAUCAUAGACACACGCGCAUAUGUGUAGAGUAGUCGUACUGCCUGUGAUGAACAAUCACUCCACCUCUCGAAGGCGCAAAUUCGCUUUCGGUCGCGUAUCGAUCUUGUGCCCAGUGGGUGAUCCAAUUUCACGUCAAGUACUGGAGGCGUGACAGUCAAAUGACUGUUGACUUUGUCAGCAGAAAUAGGGAACAGGCACCGGCAAACGAAACACUGCGAGAACGAAUCAAUAGCGCCACUCCCGAAGGAGGAUGUGUUUGAAGUCGGCCUGAGCAACAUGCAUCCAUUUGGCCUUCGUGGUGGACACGAGGGAGAGUUUUGAAUGUGGGAAUAGUAGCAGGUUGUACUAGGGGCUGGUCUGCCCGCCAUACUACUGCAAAUAUCCUACGCCACGGAGUUAGCCUAUAGAUGGUUACUACAGGACAACCCUUUAGUGCCGUGUGCCCAUUCGCGUAAACCAUGCACGGCAGAAACGCCUUCCGCAGCCUGCUCACAAAGCACUUUUGUCCGUCUUCCCCCCUCCGCCCACCCCCUUUAGCUUUACCGCGAUAGCCUUCGAUCCGCCGGGCUGCGGUUUCAGCAUUCCCCCCGACCGCGAUUGGAGUGAUCCGCAGAUCCUGCUGCAGGAUGCUAGAGUUGGCGUGAACUUGAUGCGCCAGCUGGGUCAUCUGCCCUUCUCCUGCGUGGGCUGGUCAGAGGGCGCUCAGUCAGCCAUCUGGGCAGCAUCGGAAUUGAAUACUGACGGUUAGUUACAUUUUGAUUGGACAAUUCUGCUGCUGGCACAUCUGCUUAUUUGUUCUAGAAUGCACUUAUUGUGGACGCUGACAGUGACAGUAUGUCAAAUGACCCGUUGCCUGGCGUCAUGAUUUCAUGACCUCUACUCCCUAGACACACUCACACACGCACACUACGCGCGGUGAAUGAAACGAAACUAGUUCCGAUUUACCACAGACCACUGAGAAUACCUGAAAGGACACAUCAGGAAGCAGCCCUUUCAGCCUGACCUUCCGUUCUGGGAGGGACCGAGGUGUCCCACCAAGCUACCAAUUUUUCACUUCAAUGGGUCACUGAAUGCCCGCCUAGACAAUUAAUUUCUCCCGAACAUGAAGGCGGGAUGAUGUGAAAUGCUAUGUGUGUGUGUGUGUGUGUGUGUUUGUGUGUGUGUGUGUGUUGUGUUGCAUGGAGUGGCGGACUGGUGGGCUGGGUUGGAAGACGGGCUGAAACAGCACCUUCCACGGCCUUCUCACGCAAGUGAGAGCCACGCCGUUCAACCCCCGUUGUGUGAAAUCCUGGUGUAUGCGUUUGUAUGGGGGGCCAGAUUGUACACGUGGCGCACGCAGGCAUGGCCAGUCGACCAUGCCAGCCACCGCGCAAAUUCCCACUCCAGUCUGCUGACCGGCUCGGACAGUGAAAUGCUCUCAUUAUUUUGGGGUGUGUGUGAUCAGCAUGCUACUUCCAAGUCUUUUCCAUUUGCUACCUGCUUAUUGUACGCAGACAUAUGAAGGAAACCUAAUCCAUGCAUUCAGACUCGAUUGAGGGCUUGGUGGUCUGGGAGCUGGAGGAAGAUAUUGGCGCAGAGGACGGAUCGGGGAAUGCUGGUCAGAUUAUGGGAGGCACCCCCGGUUCGGUGGACUUCUUGCCAGACAGCCGUCGUCUUCCGCUGCAGGCUGUCUAUGGUAGAGCGUACAUGCGGGAUAGUUGGCCUGCCUACGUUGAGACAAAGGAGCUCCGACGUAUGGGUCCUGCCGAUCUCCGCUGCCUGCCACAGCGUCUCCUCCGGAUGCCCCUACUGCACAUUGCAUCUCGGCACUCCGAGGCACGGCGACACCAUGAUGCCAACAGUCAAUCAACUGAAUCGGCUCUCCUCGCCUGUUCGUGCUGCUGUUCAACCCUCUGGCCCGACAAGUCUGACGCGGAACGGAAGGCUGGCUGGCAGCUGCCACACAAGUUGCAUGCUGAUUUCUUUCAGUCCUGUGUCGAAAACUUUAUUCUCGAAUCUAUUCACUAG